AUGUCUGAGUCACUACACCGUCAUACCUUGAUUCAGCUGAUUUCUCUACACCUGUCUAAAAAUACACAAAAGCUUAAAGCCCUUAGGUUUAAAUAUGAUUCCUACCCCGUUUACCCUACUUUGUCGGAGAUUCGGACAGAUUUUCUACGGCACUACGAACUGCGUCUUGUCCAAUUGUGGUCCUCUCCAGUUCCAGCCUCAAAACGACCGGUGGUUGGGCUCAUUUUAGAACGUUGCCUCUGCGGCGUAUUUGGCAUUGACCGUGGGCAAUGA